CGCCGGCGCUGACGCGGCCGGGCGAUUCGAUCGGCGGUUUCCGCCUCAUCGUACGUUCUCACUUUUGCAUCGCUCCCGCUCCGUCCGUGUCCUCCUUAUAAACGCGCGCAGUGCGAUCGAGCAUAAGGGCAACAACCAGCAGCAGCCACGCGCUGCGCUCCCGUCGAUCGGCUGCCAACAAGUUUCGUCGUCGUUGCACACGUCGCCGUCGCCCGUCGCGGCCCUCCCUCGUCGUCCCUCCUCCUCUUCCUGCCCCAGCCAGCCCUCGAAUUAACCAGUUCACCAUAUAUAGCUCGAUCGUCCUCUCUAGCUCCCGGCCGGCGGGGCGUCAGGAAGGCAGGCGUCUAGCCAACCAACCAAUAAUCCCACCAGCUAGCAAAGCAGAGAAGCCGGUUGAGAAUAUAUAUAAUGAGUGAUCCGAGGUACGCCGGCUACCCAUAUCCGGCGCAGCAAGGAUACUACAACCAGGGACCGUACCCGUACCAGGGCCCGCCGGUGAUGGCGCCGCCACAGUACCAGUACGCGCAGCCGCCGCCGCCUCGGUCGCCUGGAUUCCUCGAGGGCUGCCUUGCGGCGCUGUGCUGCUGCUGCCUCCUCGACGAGUGCUGCUGCGACCCCUCCAUCGUCUUCGUCUCCUGAGUCGACUCCUGAGACACCCUGCGCCAAAGCGCGCGUGCACGCGAUUUGCUUUAGUUUUACUUUAAUUUCGUCUGUUUAUUUCCACGACCAUGAGUAUGUACGUACCAAACAGUGUGAUUAAUGUGUGAGAGAUAUGAUUUAAUUUGUACCAAACAGUGUUCUUACUGCUCCUGUAUGGAAAUCAAGUUUGAUGAGCUCGUGUACCUGUUUUCUUUUUUU